UUAUAUAUAUAUAUAUAUAUAUAUAGCUCACAGAAGAAGCAGAGAGAUCUACUCGAAAAACAUUUCCAUAUCUGCAUCUCUGAAACUCAAGCUUUUUCGAGAAAAUGGGAAGCACCGGUGAAAACUUGUACAAGGCCUACACGUACGAGAAUCUCGAGACGGAGCCCUAUUGGCCCUCGGAAAAGCUCCGGAUCUCCAUAACUGGUGCUGGAGGAUUCAUCGCGUCUCACAUUGCGAGGCGUUUGAAGAGCGAAGGUCAUUACAUCAUCGCAUCGGACUGGAAGAAAAACGAGCACAUGCCCGAGGACAUGUUUUGUCAUGAAUUCCACCUCGUUGAUCUGAGGGUCAUGGAUAACUGUCUGAAAGUAACCGAAGGUGUGGAUCAUGUCUUUAAUCUUGCUGCUGAUAUGGGAGGGAUGGGCUUCAUUCAGUCGAACCACUCCGUCAUUAUGUACAACAAUACUAUGAUCAGUUUUAAUAUGAUCGAGGCUGGCAGAAUUAACGGAGUUAAGAGGUUUUUCUACGCCUCAAGUGCGUGUAUUUAUCCCGAAUUUAAGCAACUGGAGACCAAUGUGAGCUUGAAAGAAUCUGAUGCAUGGCCCGCCGAGCCUCAAGAUGCUUACGGUCUAGAGAAGCUGGCGACAGAGGAAUUAUGUAAGCACUACAACAAGGACUUUGGAAUCGAGUGCAGAAUCGGAAGGUUCCAUAAUAUCUACGGUCCCUUUGGAACAUGGAAAGGUGGAAGGGAAAAAGCACCAGCUGCUUUCUGUAGGAAAACUCUCACUUCUACCGAUAAAUUCGAAAUGUGGGGAGAUGGCCUCCAAACUCGAUCUUUCACAUUCAUCGAUGAAUGCGUUGAGGGUGUUUUAAGAUUAACUAAAUCGGACUUCCGAGAGCCUGUGAAUAUUGGAAGUGACGAGGAGGUGAGCAUGAACGGGAUGGCCGAAAUUAUCUCGAGCUUCGAGGAUAAGAAGCUUCCGAUCCACCACAUUCCGGGACCCGAGGGUGUACGUGGUCGAAAUUCCGAUAAUACCCUAAUUAAGGAAAAGCUCGGAUGGGCCCCGUCUAUGAAACUAAAGGAUGGAUUGAGAAUCACGUAUUUCUGGAUUAAGGAACAACUCGAGAAAGAGAAAACCCUAGGGGUAGAUUUGUCAAAUUACGGCUCGUCGAAAGUCGUGGGAACUCAAGCCCCGGUUCAACUCGGCUCUCUUCGUGCUGCUGAUGGCAAAGAAUGAAGAAACUAUCUAAGAAAAAAAAAACAGCUCUUUUUAAUCGUUUUUCUUUCGCCGCAACGUUAUGUUUGAUCUCUAAAUUUUACUACAAUGUGUUUUGUUCUUUGUUUUUUCUAAUCUUGAUUUGUAUGAAAUCUUCAACAAAUUUGAAAGUUGUAUUUGGUUUAUCCUUUAUUUUUAAAAUACCUAUUUGCAAGGUUGAUUUGUGGCAGUUAUAUGUCACCGUCUAAUAAAAUUGCAACUUGUUUUCGA